AAAGAUUGAAACGAAAAAAAAAAUUAGAGAAGCCGUCUGCUUCUAAUUACUUCUCAAACUGGUGACUUAGCUUUUCAUCUUGGCAGGUUUCCCUACUUUAGCUCCUGCCCAGGACUGUGUCUGAGAGUCAAGACUAAUCAAAGGCACUUGUAUGUGGAGGACUGUUGGCCUCUGAAGGAACCGAGCCAGUUCAGGCCAGCCCGCUGCGUUUUCUCUCCUUUACUCCUUUUCUUUUCUUUUCCCUCUCCCUCUCCCUUCUCUUCCUGUCUGUUUCAGGAGUGAAGGAUUGGGGCAUUCCUUCAAGCCACUUUACUUCAGCUUUCUGUGGGAUUUAAACAUGCACACUGAGGUUUUGGUACAGUCCAUGUUAGUGCCGUUCUUUCUGAUCCUUCUCUCUUUCAUUGAGGACUCUUUGUUGCAGUCGGUGAGCCAGGUGGGUGGUGUUUGCAAGCUGUCCACAGAGUCAUCCUUGCGCCGCUGCCGGACGCCUGAUGGUAAGAUUUGCAGCGGAAGGGGAAAAUGUAACUGCGGCAUUUGCAUCUGUGAGGCCAUAGAACCCGGGAAGUUCUUCGGUCCGCGCUGCGAGUGCCACGACUGGGUCUGUGCUACAUAUAAUGGGAAAACCUGCAACGACCAAGGCUACUGUGACUGUGGAGUGUGCGAGUGUGAUGAAGGUUGGUUCGGUGAUGCCUGCCAGUUUCAGGAAGAGUGUAACCUAUCCAGCAAGAAGAGCAGAGAGCUUUGCAAAAACCAACAGGGGGUGGUCUGCUCCAACAGAGGAACCUGCCACUGCGGUAGCUGCAUGUGUGACAAUGAAGACAACAGAGGCAUGGUAACAGGACGUUUCUGUGAGUGUGAUGACAGCGAGUGCCUGGAUGAGGAAACUGGAGAGAUUUGCGGAGGGCAUGGCCAAUGUUACUGUGGAAACUGUUACUGUGCUGCUGGUUGGCAUGGAGACAAAUGUGAGUUCCAGUGUGACAUGAGCCCAUGGGAAAGCAGGCAGAGAUGCACAUCUCCAGAUGGCAAAAUCUGCAGCAACAGAGGGACCUGUGUGUGUGGAGAGUGUAACUGCCAUGAUGUUGAUCCCUCUGGUGACUGGGGAGAUAUUCAUGGAGACACCUGCGAGUGCGACGAGAGGAACUGUCAUGCAACAUAUGACCGCUACACAGAUGACUUCUGCUCAGGUCAUGGCCAAUGCAACUGUGGCAGGUGUGACUGCAAGGAAGGGUGGGCAGGGAAUAAGUGUGAGCAUCCUCUGUCCUGUUCCCUGUCUUUGGAAAGCAGUUUGAAGAAGUGCAGAGGAACGUCCAAUUUGCCCUGCUUCGGACGAGGUCAGUGCCAGUGUGGACAGUGUACUUGCCACCCACCUGGGGACAGUCGUGUUCAUGGCAAAAACUGUGAGUGUGACGACCGUCAGUGCGAGGACAUCAAUGGAGAGGUCUGUGGUGGAGGUCACGGUUACUGUUCAUGUGGACGGUGCAUCUGUGAGGAGGGCUGGUUUGGGAAGCUGUGCCAGUUCCCCAGGUCUUGUGAUAUGAGCGAUGCCCAGAGCAAGGAGCUUUGUGAGACCUCUGAUGGUGUUAUAUGCAGUGGAAAAGGUUCCUGUCAUUGUGGUAAGUGUAUCUGCAAUCCCCAAGACUGGUGGGUGUCCGGAGAGUACUGUGAGUGUGACGACCGAGAGUGUGAUAAGCACGACGGGAUUAUCUGCACAGAGAUAUUUGGUGGUAGAUGUAUCUUUUCAACCGUGUGACAGGAGACCAGCAGGAGCCCUCUUCCUAACCCCAGCACCUCUGACUGACAGCUCCGGAAGCUUAUGGGGAGGUGUGGGGUAUAUACUGUAGCGAUAUAAUUCCUACAGUAGCAUGUUAUGCCACUUUGGCCCUCUUUAGAGAUAAAGAAGAAAAAACUAUAUGUCUUGACUAUUUAUCAGUCCUAAAACAACCAGUGUGAAUGGGUUGGUGACUUAACUUCUCUGUUAGUCAGACUUCUGGUAAUAUUAUGAUCCUAUUUCGUUUUCAUUUUGUUUGUGUUCCUACUACAGGAUCUGGUCAGAUAUAUAGAGAUGUUUGAGCUUUGUCCAAAUGUUGUAAAAACAAAACAUGAAUAAAUUAAUAUCGAAAAGUAAUUAAACUCCAUGUUUCUCCUGCUGUUAAGGCAGAAGCAGUGGAAAACCACAGACUGUCCCGAGCAAUGUCAUUGGUCUCCAUCCCCUAUCAGAGAGCUGCACCCAGGGAAGCAAGGAGUGUGAAAAGAGGAACCUUGUUAAAGGUCAGGCAUGAUGGCACAGCUCUUUUAAUUCACAGCUUUUCUUCUCACAUCUCACAGGGAAUGGGUUGUGCAACUGUGGCAACUGCGAGUGCUGGGACGGCUGGAAUGGGAACGCUUGUGAAAUCUGGAUGGGAGAAGAAUACUGAGGCCAACAGAGAACAGGACACUGGGUUCAGAGAAUUGAGACCUGGCUGCCCAGUGUGACCAGGAGCACCACGAGUCACGACCAAGCUGGUGAAACGCCAAGUUAUCGAAACCACGGGGAGGAGAAAGGAAGACUAAACAUGGACGUAGCUCUGCAUUUCACAAACAGCAUUCAUUGUUUUAUUGUACUGGUUACAAACUAUCCUUUUAAAACUGGGUUUUGUAGAUGAAAAGAAACAGCCAUAGCUCUGUGCUUAAAUCAUAUUACAAUGUAAACAUUUAUGUUUUCAAAGCAGCUUUUUUUUUUUUGGAUAUUGUAGGAAUGCUUACAUAUUUCAAAUGGCUAUAUAUAAUAGGAUGCAAGUACAUGACAGUUUUAAAUGCUGGAGAGAGGAUAAAACGUAUCAUUAAGAUGACUUUGUAGUAAUAUGUUUGAUACUGUGGUCUGUUUUUACUGGUAAAUGGUCUGCCCUUCCCACACUGGACUGAAAGUUUACUCGAAAGCUCGAGGCAUAGGUUACGCUGAGGUUUUUUAUUUCUUUUUCAUAAUAAAACAUUAAAUGUGCCGCAUGACACAACAUUUUGCAUGGAAAACAAUGCAAAGACCUUAAUCAUACAUGGUUACAAAUUUGUUAUAACAUGACAUAACUCCAAUGGGCAUACUUGCAAUGGUAUAUAUAGAGAGAGAUAUAUUAGAAAAUAAAUCAUUUUAUUAGUGCCUACUCUCCUCCGUCAAACAAACAGUCUGCCCUGAAACCUUUACUGUCUUAGUAGUGGUUAAAUUCUAAGUGGAAGAAACAAAGAGAAGGGAAUAAAUAGUUCAGUUGUGGCAUGCUGGAUGUCCAUGUCACUUCAAAUGGUGGUAUCAGGGGAUGAGAGCUGCACUGACACAAGAGCUCAGUCACCACUUGAAAAAAGGACCGAUAAGAAGUCACAAAGGAAAUUUAAUGUAAAUUCUACUUUGGCCUUUUUCAUGCUUAAACUAGCCAAUCCCCUCUGUUUUCUUUGUCCCCGAAAAAUGACAGGUGCAAUAAUAUACUGCACACUAUAUUGCAUUAAGUAUGUUACUGACUUUACAGUAUACCUUUAUAUAAAUAUUUUUUAUUCAAUAUGUUGUAUAAUGUGUAUACAACAAACACAAACUGUAUAGUGUAGACAAACUCGUUGCAUAUAUGUAAAAUUAGCAGUACAUACCAACAGUUCUUGAUUGACAUAGCCUACUACAUGCAGUUCAUCAAUGCCAUCCUCUCCCCAUGCAACAGAUGGGACAACAUACAAAAUAAGAGGUUCGAAAACAGAAGCUAGGAUAUUCUCGUAACACAUUUGAACAAAUGGGGUAACAAAGCAAAAACGCGAUUGGGAUCUGGAGACGAAAUCGACACACAACCCGUAUACGAGAGAGAUGAGGACGAACAAAACAAAUGGCGGCUACAGCAAUCCAAACAGAUGUACUUGUACACACUGGUCAUUUACAAAAAUAAAGCCAGCCUUGAAGGAGCCAGUUAACUGGGCUGCAGGGCUGGGGCAGUCACCAGCCCAGCAUGUAGAGUUUUGUAAGAGCGGAGGAUGACAGUGGUUUCCAGCUCCUGUGUGUGUGUAUAUGACACCAUUUUUAGGAUUAACAGCUUUGUACAGACAAAUAUUGAUAUCUAUGUGAUGUGCUUUGAUGUGUUGUAAUAAGAAAUGGCCAUGUAUAAUCCCAAUAAACUCAGAAAAAUGA